CGCCCCUCACGGAAGCACUGAAUGCGGAAUCUCCUGUCAUUUCAGGGCUGCAGACCGAGAAAUAGAUAAACAGAUUAAGGGACGUGGUGCGAACGAAGGGGGGACGAGAGAGAAAUGGAGAAGUGCUCACUCUCUCAGCAUUAUGUCCUGGUCUCUGGACUUGGUGCUGCUUCCCCCAUGUGCACUGCUGGGUGGUCACCCCCUAAGCGGGCUGCUCUGGACCGUCCUCCUCCUCUUCCUCUGGUACUGCUACCGUGUGGGUUCUGACCCACCAUCCCACUCUGGAAUGCUCAAAACCAGCUCAACUUUCUCUCGGUCAUCCAGUCGCACACCUGUCGACCCUGGACAUUCAGCCACUAAAGCAUCAGCGGCAAUCGCCAUGGAGUCGGUGGAGGAAGAGGAGGGGACAGAGAGCUACCUGACACCGGUGUGGAGCCAUGCUCCUUUUCCCACUGAGGCUGCACCGGGAAGCAGGAAGUUAUACAAAGCACUGCAGGAGUAUGCCAAACGCUACAGUUGGGCCGGAAUGGGUCGUAUUCACAAGGGCCUGCGUAAUCAGGCCAGGAUCAAUGAUCGGCCCUCCAUUCAGAAACCUCACCUCUUUUACCUCCCAGAUGUUCCCAGCAUUCCUUUCUUUCCCAAGGAUGCUCAUCGCCAUGACAUUGAGGUUCUGGAGGCCAAUUACCCCAUCAUCCUUGCUGAGUUCCAGGCAGUCUACCAGGGGGGAAUUGAUACUAAUCUAGGGUGGACCUAUCAAGGACCAAAGGGCCAGGCAGUAUUCCCUCACUAUAAUGCUGGAGUGUUUGUGGCCAGUAACUGCCGUGCAUGCCCGUAUACGUACCGAAUCCUCCUGUCUCUAAGAACCUUCAUCAGUAGUAACUCUCUGGGGUCUGCUGGAUUCUGGCUCCUUGGAGCUAGGGCCACACUGGGAGGGGCCUAUGGUCCUACAAACACACGUCUGCGCUGCCAUCUUGGUCUUCAGACACCUGCUCAAUGUGAGCUAGUUGUGGGUGGAGAGCCACAGUGUUGGUCAGAAGGGCACUGCCUCCUUGUGGAUGACUCUUUCCUGCACAUCAUCUCACACAAUGGGGGUGCUGAAGAUGGUUCUAGAGUUAACUUCAGCGUGGAUCUCUGGCACCCUAAUGUGGCUGCAGCAGAGAGACAGGCUCUAGACUACAUUUUCACCCCUGAGCAGUAAUUCAAACUACAUUUCCCAGGAUGCACUGUGCAAUUCUCUCUGCCACAUCAAAAUGCCAAAAUGUUGUUCAAAGUUUACAAAACGAAUUUUGGUUUAGUUAAAAAGUUUAAAAAAGUCUAAAUUUUUUUUUUUUUUCCAUUCAAUUACCACAUAUUUUAAGUGUGUUUCUGUUCUGCAGAAUCCUUAAAGGAACAGUUCACCCAAAAAUGUUCACCCAAAAAUGCUAAUUCUGUCAUCAUCUCACCCUCAUAUUUUUAAAUACCUGUAUGAC